UACACUAAUUAGCAUAUUUGAGACUACCACCCCUCCAAACCAUUCAGAUUUAGUCCUUGUAUGUGAAGAUACGAACAUUAGAUCAAAAGUCAUUCUGAGAAGUUAUUUUUUGUUUCUUUUUGCGCACUAUACAAUAAUCACUUUCAGGAACAUUAAAGUACGAGUAAAAUAUUUUUUAAUACACCAGUUGUGCAAAUACUAUUAGUUCCGUUGCCUUUUUUUAUGGAAUUCAAACUGUAGAAUUUUUUAGCUCUCUUGUAGAGCAUUUCUUAGCUUUUUUCAAAUUCCACAGAAAUGUUUAGAUUUAGUUUGAGGUAUAUCACACCUUUUGGUGAUCUAUUUAAAUCUAUAAGGGUUGAAAGAAAGAGUUUUGGGGGAGGACGAAAUUAUUCAGACCAAAAAAGAAACUAUAGAACGAGGAACAUCACAGAAGCCGAUAUUCCUAAAAUAGCAGAAAUCCGAAAAACACUGAAACUUCACGAUUGCAAACCCAGUCUUUAUUCCUUCUAUGAACUGGAUCCGGAAGCGAUUAUUGUAGCUGAAGAUCGUGAUGGUAACAUUAUUGGAACACAUUCUAUGUUAAAUUUCGCAAAUGGAUUGUAUAUAUCCGGACUGACGUAUGUUCACCAAGACUACAGAAAAAGCAAUCUUGCACUUGAAAUGAUUCGUAAAGAAGCAGUACGACACAGACUCGAAAACAGGCUGCUCACCACAUUCACCUUCGAAGGAUGGGCAAAAAAUUCAGAAUAUAUUGUAGGAUUUCAACUCGACACCGGUUUCACUAUUAAGAGAUUCAUUUCAACACAAAACCUAGACACCAAUCUUCUCUCUCACGAUCUACCCGAAGACGUUUCAAUUCACCGAUUUGACGAAAAGCUCUUGGAACUUGUGUAUGACUAUGAUUUGCAAGUAGCUGGUUAUGAGAGACGGGCCUUUCUGGAUUUGAGUUUCAAAGAACAGAACAGUAAAAUCUUGAUUGCAUUGAGGAAGGGUCGAUGUGUUGGAUAUGGUGGCAUCAAGUUAACCUGUCCUGGUGCUAAGCGAAUCGGACCACUCUACGCAGAUGAUUCCAAGAUUGCUGAAGCGUUGCUGAAAUCACUACUCAAGGGAUUUGAAGAAGGAAAAGGAGUUGUCAUAGUAAUUCCUACUCCUAAUUUAGAAGCUCAAACAUUAGUAAGCAAAUUAAAUAUGCCAUUCAAAGACGGAUUUUAUCAACUUAUCGAAAAAGGUUUUCCGCAAGGAGAUGUGAGAAAAGCAUACGCACUAUUUGAUUUGAAUGGCACAUCCAUAUGAAAAUAUAUUUAUACAACUCAUAAAAAUGCAGAAAAUUAUAAUUAUUAACUAGAAAAAAACGCGUUGCUUAUUUUUUGCAUUAAUUACAAAAUAAAUCAAGUUUUCAAUUGUGUUGUUGUAAA